AAAACACCCGCAGCCCCAACCCUUUCUCCCUCACUCCUCCUGAUGACCUCUCUCCCCUCUUCCCCGCCGCCGCCCUCUCUCUCUCGCUCGCUCGCUCCCAGCUCUCUGGCUCUCCGCCGGCCGCCGCCACCUCCCCAUCCCUUCUCCCUCUCUGCCUGCCUCCGCGCCCCGCCCGUUCUCUCGGGAUCCAGAUCCGGCGAGGGGGGCAGCGGGGCCCCGUUCCUCCACCCGCCUCUGCCCUGGAGCUCCACCAUGCCGGCCGUCCUCCGCUCUCUCUCCUCCCCACCACCACUCUCUCUCCCAGCUCUUUAGCUCUCCGCCGCCCCCUCCUCUCCGCUUCUCCCUCUCCACCUGGCUCCACCGUCCCGCCGGUCCCGCGGGGAUCCAGAUCCGGCGCGGGGGGCAGCGGCGCCCCGUUCCUUUGCCCGGCUCUGCCUCGGGCCUCCUCCAUGCCGCCCUCCUCGGCCGUCGCAUGCGGCUGCGGAUGCUGUGGCAUCAUCGGCGCCAUCACCCUUGGCAUCGACACGGGCGCCGCCGCGGCCAUCGACAUCGAGGGCCCGGUACGGGGCACCUCCAGCCGCGCCACCACGGGGGUGUUGGUGGUCACGAUCUUCGGCUUGCUGCCGCCGUGCCCAUGCCCGUGGUGCGCAUGCCCCCCCGGCCAGCGGCUUCUUGCCCAUGUCGAGGUCAAAGUUGAAAUCUUUGUCGUCGUCGAACUUGACGUGCUUCUUCUCCAGCUUGCCCCGAUCCUCGCCGCCGUGGCCAGUGGCCUCCAUCGCCGGGCCCGUGGCCCUGGCCCUGGGCGGCUUAUCCAUGAUGGAAGGACACUGUGACUGUGGGAGAUUGCUUACAAACACACACUGUGGGAUUGCUACAUUAAUUUUAUAAGACUUUAUCUGCAAUAUGAUUGCUUCAAACUAUAGAAAAGACUUAGAAGUUUAUAACAUACAAACACAUACUGUGGGAUUGCUUCAUUAAUUUUUAUGCUCAGUUCAGUUCAACAUAUGCAACAUAUGUUGCAGCAUUCUAUGUAUGCAUUUAUCCACAGCAGGUUCCUAGAGGCUCAUAUUUUUACACCACCUAUAACAUGAUUUUUAUUGCACAGACUUGAACUUUUAGAGUGCUUUAAAAUCAAUUCCAGGACUUAUCCAUGUUUAGCGGCUUAAAUUUACAAUACCUUCUCCUUACCGCUCCCCUUCUCCCUCAGCUUUGACUGAAAGGCAAGCUGGGAAGAGGGUCAUGAUGCAUUUUGCUUAGGUUUCUGUAGAUUACUUAUCACAGUUUACACUCUGGAUUAAAUGCUAAUGAUAUCCCAGAUCCCAUUAACUAAAGCAGCCUUCCUGCUUGUGCUCUGUUCUUUCGUUCUUCCUGUUUUGAAUAAUUGGAAUAGUAAUUUUGAAUAUGAGUUACCAGAAGGAAUGAUAAACGCCCUAUGAUUUUACAUUUUAGUGCCUCUAGGUAAAAAUAAACUAUAUCAAAUAUUGAUGCAUAUAGCUCCACUCCAAAUAUGGUACUGAUUUAAUUAUAAGAAUUAUUGGAUAUGCGCAUUUAUAUGCUAAUAUCUAGCUAUGCAGUCCGCACAUGCGAUUCUACAAGGAUUAUAAGUAUUGGAUGUGCACAUUUAUAAAAUGGCUAAAGGAUUAAGGACUUCCCAUCAUGCUCUACAAGACUGCAGGGAAUCUUGUACUGUAAGGUGUACUUCUUUUUUACUUAGGAUGCAGAUGAUUAAUCUUUGAGCAAUAACGAUUUAUAGUGAUGCCUUAUUGGAAUCCACAUUUGUUUGCUUAUUAUGUGAAUAUCACUUCUUAGUCUGUUAAUCAGUAUUUAGGAACUGACAAUUAUGCAAAUACUCCAUAGUAGAUUUCUUACCAGGGGUUCGUAACUUGGGGUGCAAAGGGCUUGACUUGUCAGCUCUGAACUUGCGCCACAACUUUUCAAAAUGCUAAAUAAGCUAAGAAGAAAUUGUCUUUGGUCACUAUCUCCCUUGCAGUUACAUCUUCAGGAGACAUGCUAUCUCCCUUGCAGUUACAUCUUCAGGAAACAUGCUAGAUAUUAAAUUUUUAGGAUGCAUGUAAGUACUAGCCAUGCAAUAUUUAGGACAAAAACCAAGACAGUGGAUCAUUUGCCUCUUGCUAUCUCCCUUGCAGUUACCGCCAACUUUUGUGUGUGCUAUCAGGUGAAGAGUCUGAUGCACUCAGUGCUUUUGUGUUUUUGUGCUUCGUCCAUGGACCUGCAAGGUGUGUAGCAUCAUUGUCAGCUGUUGAUAUUAGUGCAGCUAGGUAGUUUGGUAGCUAUGGAUACUGGUUGUAACAUGUAGAUUCAUGGUGCUCGGAUGUAUUGCAAUGUCGUAAUGUUUCAAAUGUCGGACAGGCACUUCUGAUCGUUAGGAUAGCCAUGGUGUUCGGAUGUAAUUUAAUAUUGAUGAUCUAGAUGCUGAACAGACCUCUUGGAUGUGCUGUAACGUUGAUGAUCAGAAUGCUAGACAGACAAUGUGCUGUAACGAUGAUGAUUUGGAUGUUCCAUUUCCAGAAACUCUGUUUUU